CUGAUCUAGGGGGCUGCUGCAUUGAGCUGUUUCCCUUUUCUAGCGGUGCUUGUUCAACAAGUGCUGUGUUUCCUCUGGGUUGGGUUGCUGCCUGUCUGUAUCUUAUCAUUUGAUCCAUCUUCACACAUACAUCUUGCAUUUGUAAGAAGCCUGCACCUUUAAAAUUGAUCAGGAUUUCCAAGUAAAAAGACACGACUAGAUACUCUGAAAAGUGAGCCUGAUUGGUGAACAGAAGUGGAAAUCAGAUUGUGUCAGAAAGGCGUGGGUCGGUUCAGCUCAGCGUCGCCCUCUGUUGCAAACGAGAUCUUUGGUAGGAGGAAGCACCUUGAGAUUACAGCACGUUCACAUCACAUCUCGCCCACAGGCCUCAGGUUCCCUGGAGGAUGUUCGUCCGUGGGCCCGCAGAAAGUCAGAUGUUUCUGCUGUCAAUCCUUCUGCCACUUCUGCACCCGCUGGGAGGAGUUCUGGGAGCCAAGACGUGCGUCCCCAGGCCGAGCUGCAGCGAGUGCAUCCAGAGCCCGGGCUGUGCCUGGUGCUCAGCGAAGGGCUUCCUGCAGGCCGGGGAGCCCAGCGAGAGGCGCUGCGAUGCCAAAGAGGCGCUCACCAGCAGAGGCUGUAAAGAGCCCUACCCCCCUGAGACGGACGAGACACUCCUCAUGAAGGACAAAGAGCUGAGCGCUUCUGACGACAUUAUCCAGCUCCGACCCCAACAGAUAGACUUCCAGCUCAGAGUGGGAGUUCCACAAACCUUCAAGGUGUCGUUCAAGCGGGCCGAGGGUUACCCCAUCGACCUCUACUACCUCAUGGACCUGUCCUUCUCCAUGGGGGACGACCUGGACAUGAUCAAGAAGCUGAGUCAGGACAUGGUCAGCACUCUGCAGAGCUUCACCAAGAAACUGCGGAUAGGAUUUGGGUCCUUUGUGGACAAGGUGGCGUUGCCGUACGUGAGUGAGAUGAAGAAGAAGAGGAGGGAUCCCAGUCCGCACCGAGGCACCAGCUGCCAGCCGGCCUUCAGCUUCCAGAACCUCCUCAACCUCACAACAGACACCGCGGCCUUCGAGAAUAAGGUCAUCGGGCAGAUGAUCUCUGCCAACCUGGACUCACCCGAGUCAGGCUUUGACGCCAUCAUGCAAGCCGCGGUCUGCAAGGAAGUGAUUGGCUGGGACGACGGGACCAAGAUCCUGGUGUACACGUCUGACGACACGUUCCACAUGGCGGGGGACGGGCGUCUGGCCGGCCUCAGGGAGCCUCCAGACGGCAACUGCCACCUCUCUCCGAGCGGCCUCUACGAUGGGACACGAUUCGAUUACCCCUCCAUCGGACAGCUGGCCCGGGUCCUUACCGCCAACAACAUCCAGCUCAUAUUCGCCGUCACCAAAAACAUUUCUGCAGCUUAUGAGGAACUGAGUAAAAUGAUCCCACAGUCUGUGGUCGGAGUUCUGGAGAGCGAUUCCAGCAAUGUGGUUCAGCUCAUCAAAAAUGCUUACAAUAGCCUGUCCUCCAGCGUGGUCCUGGAGCACCAUGGCGCCCCCCAGGGGCUGGAGGUGGCCUACCAGGCCCACUGCACGAGCCCGAGCCCGGGCCCGCCCGGGCUUCGGCCCUGGAGCCAAAGAGCAGAGUGCAAGGACAUCAAGAUCAACCAGCAGGUGGAUUUCUACGUCCAGCUGAACAUGUCCAGGUGUCUGGAGCAGACAGAGUUCCACCUCUCCGUUCAGGGCAUCAGUGAGCAGCUGAAGGUCGUGGUGAGGAUGAAGUGCGAGUGCGACUGCGGCCCGGUAGAGGAGGCGUCUCCCUCCUGCAGCGGUCACGGCACGCUGCACUGCGGCACAUGCAGCUGCGACCCGGGCUUCCUGGGCCAGGCGUGUGACUGCCAGCAGAGUGAGGACCAUGUCUCUCUCGACGAGAAGUGCCGUCAUGGCGGGUCCUCUCAGCUGUGCAGUGGCCACGGCAGCUGCGAGUGUGGCAAGUGUGCGUGCCAGCGAAGCUUCAGCGGACAAUUCUGCGAGUGUGACGACAGCAACUGCGCAAAAAGCAACCAGCAGCUGUGUGGCGGAAACGGGAAGUGUGUUUGUGGGAAGUGUAACUGCUCGGGCGCUUACGGAGGGGAGGCCUGCGACUGCUCCACGCACACCGACCGGUGCCAGACGGCAGGCAGACCCUGUAGCGGCAGCGGGGAAUGUCUCUGCAACAGAUGCGUCUGCAAGGGCGGGUUUGACGGGGACCACUGCUCCCACAUUCCCAACAACUGCACCAAAUACGAGAAGUGUGUGACGUGCCUUUCCAAACACAAGAAGGAAGAGGUCGCUGAGGCCUGUGGGGUCCCCUGUGAGGGGGCGGUGUUGAGCCAUAAGAAGACGCUUCGGGACGCCUACUGCAGCUUCCAGUCCUUCCUGUACGACGUGACGCUGACUCCCCAGGGCAUCGUCCACCUCCGCUACGCCGAAAUGCCCAGUUCUAUUGACAAGACUUGGGUGAUCAUCGGGAGCUCCGUGUCGGGAAUCCUCUUCAUCGGCCUGUUGAUCAUCGUGAUCAGCCGCCUGCUUCUCGAGCUCAGUUACCGCCGGGAGUACCAAAGCUUCGUCGCAUCCCAGCAGCAGACCAACUGGAAGGAGACUCGCAAUCCCUUGUUCAAAGGUGCCACCACCACUGUGAUGAAUCCCCUGCAUAUGGAUGAUGAGUGAUCAUUCAACCCAGCGAGCUGUUCUCUCACUCCAUACACUCUGCAACAUUUUCAAACAAUUCACUGUUUUGAUAUAUAUAUAUUUAUAUAUAUGAUUUUUCUAUAUUACAUUUUGUUUUACAUUUAGGUUUUCUUUCUGACGAUUCAGUUUUUCAUAUGUAUUUGUAAACUAGUCAGAUUCAUAUUGGUAGGCUAUGUAAUAUACAUUUUAUUUUGCACUCGUCAUUGUAUAUGCAUGAUGAGUGAUUCAAUCCAGCGAGCAGUUGUCUCACUCAAUACGUUAGACAGAUUCAUAUUAGUAGGCUAUGUAAUAUACAUUUUAUUUUUGACAAUAAAAUUGUAGGUGACUUCUU